AUGCAGAUCUUUGUGAAGACCCUGACUGGCAAGACCAUCACUCUGGAGGUGGAGCCUAGUGACAUUGUUGAGAAUUUAAAGGCCGAAAUCGAACUCAGAGAGGGCAUCCCUCCUGACCAGCAGAGGCUCAUCUUUGCAGGCAAGCAGCUGGAAGAUGGCUGUACCCUGUCUGACUACAACAUCCAGAAAGAAUCCACCCUCCACCUGGUCCUGCGUCUCAGGGGUGGCAUGCAGAUCUUUGUGAAGACCCUGACAGGCAAGACCAUCACCCUGGAGGUGGAGCCCAGUGACACUAUUGAGAAUGUGAAGGCCAAAAUCCAAGACAAAGAGGGCAUCCCUCCUGAGCAGCAGAGGCUCAUCUUUGCAGGCAAGCAUCUGGAAGAUGGCCGUACCCUGUCUGACUACAACAUCCAGAAAGAAUCCACCCUCCACCUGGUUCUGCGUCUUAGGGGUGGCUGUGUAAUUGUUGACUUUAUUGUGAAAGCAUAAAUUGCCAAUGAUAGCAUCACCUUGCACUCAGCUCUUCAAAGUCUUCAUAUUAAGUUUUGAGAUUACCAGAUUCAGUAACAGCUGAGCCAAUGCUAAUAAAGGUUUUUGUUGCACAUUGAAAAAAAAA